UCAUAUUUUGUAAUCUACUCUGUAUUACCAAUUUAUAGAAACACAAAACUGUUUUUUUUUUUUUAAUGCCAGAUCAUUCAUCCAAACAAAAACCUGUUUGAAGUCACUGAUGCUAAGUAUUAAUUUAAUCUUCUACAGUUUAGAGAAGUUGCAUACUAUGAGUAGAAGUAAUAACACAAACGUGUCUGACUUCAUCCUCAUGGGACUGACAGACUCUGAAGAAAUCCGGCUGGUCCUCUUUACUCUAUUUCUCCUGAUAUACCUGGUUACUCUGUUGGGGAAUACAGGGAUGAUACUAAUAAUCCGCCUGGAUCUCCAGCUUCACACCUCCAUGUAUUUUUUCCUCAGUCAUUUGUCAUUCCUUGACCUCAGCUAUUCGACGGUCAUUACUCCUAAAACCUUGGAAAACCUACUGACUUCGACCAAGGAUAUUUCAUUUGUGGGCUGUUUCACCCAGCUUUAUUUUUUUGUCUUCUUGGGUGCCACUGAAUGUUUUCUUCUGUCUUCUAUGGCCUAUGACCGCUACGUAGCUAUCUGCAACCCUCUACGAUACCCAGUUGUUAUGUCCACGAUACUCUGCGGCUCCCUCAUCACUGCAUCUUAUGUGAUUGGCUUCAUUGACUCCUUUGUCAAUAUCCUUUGCAUGAACACAUUGCAUUUCUGUGACUCCAAUGUAAUCCAUCACUUUUUCUGUGACAUACCCCCAAUUUUAGCCCUGUCCUGCACUGAUACACAUGAUACUGAGAGCAUGAUAUUUAUUUUUGCUGGCUCUACCUUAAUGGUGUCUCUUAUCACAAUCUCUGUGUCCUAUGCAUCCAUUCUCUCCACUAUCCUGAAAAUCAAUUCCACUUCAGGAAAGCGAAAAGCCUUCUCUACCUGUGCCUCCCACCUCCUGGGUGUCACCAUCUUCUACGGUACCAUGAUUUUUACUUACUUAAAGCCAGGUAAGUCCUACUCCUUGGGAAAGGAUCAAGUGACCUCUGUUUUUUAUACGAUUGUGAUCCCCAUGCUGAAUCCACUCAUUUAUAGUCUCAGGAACAAAGAAGUAAAAAAUGCUCUCAUUAGAGUUAUACAGAAGAGAGAGAGCACAAGGCAUGUAAGACGACAGUGAUGUUCCCUAUUUAAUCUCAAAUUUUCUUUCUUUCCUACUAGGUAUUUCCUUGGUUUUUCUCUCUAAUAACAAUUUCAUCUUUCAAUUGGCCUCUAUUUCUGUCGAACUAUUUUUUACUUGACUAUAUAUGAUC